AUGGAUAUUCCCAAAGCUACAAAAGAUAUUUCCAAACUGUCAUUAGAGGUCGAUCCGUUGGAUGAUAGUCUUGAGGCAUUGGACAGCCAUAAUCAGAAGCUUUACAUGGACAUGAGAUCUGAUAAGACUAACAAAGACAAGAAUGAUUUCGACAUAGAUUUUGAAGAUACACACUCUGUCAAUACCAAUUACUCUUACCAUGAGGAUAAAAAGCUGUUUGAUCACGAUAGCAAGAAGAGCGCAUUGGAGCAUUUGCACUCUUCGUCGCCUUCGAUGCAUAAGAUGCAUAGGCAGCAUUUCAGCCCCUCUAAUGGUGGAAGAAGAUUGUCUGUUAGUGCUCAAGUUGUUGUUCCUGAACCUCCUUCCCUUCAAUUUGCACAAGAUGAUCAGCGACGCGUUUCAGCUCGUUACAAGAUGGGUAUGAUAAUGGACGAGGACCAGCAAUUCUUCGAGAGCCCUUCUUUGGAGCUGGUUGAUCUUUAUUCAAAGGUUCAAGACUGUCGAAAGCUGAGAAGCAAGUAUCAAACACAAUCUUUGCAAAGACAAGACCAAAACCCCAAAAAUCACCCAGGUUGGAAAAUAUACCCUCCUCCUCCAAAACCUUCCUACAAUCAGGAAACAAAAACAGUGAUAAAAGUUGAUAAUAAACCUGAUGUGGAGAUAUUUGAUUUCUCGAAAUGUGAGAUCCCGGGCGAGGAUCCAGACUGGAAUUUUGAAAUUAACGACGAUGAUGUAUACGUCGUUACGUCUUCUAAGACCCCUAAAAUGUUACUGUCAGAGAUUCCUUCUCUCAGAGAUUAUUACAUCGACCUGGACAAGAUGGUCGCGGUGUCUUCAGAUGGUCCAGCCAAAUCGUUUGCUUUCAGAAGAUUACAAUACCUAGAAGCUCGCUGGAAUCUAUACUCUUUGCUGAACGAAUAUCAAGAAACUGCUGUGUCAAAGAAAAAUCCCCACAGAGACUUCUACAAUGUUAGAAAAGUUGAUACUCACGUUCAUCAUUCGGCUUGUAUGAAUCAAAAGCACUUACUUCGGUUUAUCAAAUACAAAUUAAGACAUUCUAAAGAUGAAAAGGUCAUUUACAGAGAUAACAAAGUCUUGACUUUGGAUGAAGUUUUUAAAUCCCUUAAUCUAACCGGGUAUGACUUGUCAAUCGAUACAUUAGAUAUGCAUGCACACAAGGAUACUUUCCAUAGAUUUGACAAGUUUAAUCUCAAAUAUAAUCCAAUUGGCGAAUCUCGUUUGAGAGAGAUUUUCUUGAAGACCGAUAAUUAUAUCAAGGGAUCAUAUCUGGCAGAAAUUACGCGUCAAGUUCUUCAAGAUUUGGAAAACUCAAAGUACCAGAACUGUGAGUACAGAAUUUCGAUCUACGGGAGAUCCAUUGAUGAGUGGGAUAAACUGGCUUCAUGGGUCGUUGACAACAAAGUUAUAUCUCACAAUGUGAGGUGGUUAGUACAGGUACCCAGACUUUAUGAUAUUUACAAGAAAACUGGAGCUGUUGAUACCUUUAACGACGUAACCAAGAACUUGUUUCAACCUUUGUUCGAAGUGACUAAAAACCCUCAAUCACAUCCAAAACUGCACGUCUUUUUACAACGAGUGAUAGGGUUCGACUCAGUCGAUGAUGAAUCAAAAGUUGAUCGUCGCUUCCAUCAGAAAUACCCUAAGCCAUCGUUAUGGGAUGCUCCUCAAAAUCCACCAUAUUCUUACUAUCUGUACUACCUUUAUUCCAGUAUGGCUACAUUGAACCAUUGGAGAGCAAAAAGGGGCUUCAAUACGUUUGUCUUAAGACCACACUGUGGUGAAGCAGGUGAUCCAGAGCACCUCAUCUCCGCCUACAUGUUGGCACAGGGUAUCUCGCACGGUAUUCUGUUGAGAAAGGUUCCCUUCGUUCAAUAUUUAUAUUAUUUGGACCAAGUCGGUAUUGCUAUGUCUCCGUUGUCUAAUAACGCACUAUUUUUGACUUAUGACAAAAAUCCGCUGCCAUACUACUUCAAGAGAGGUCUUAAUGUCUCUCUCUCAACAGAUGAUCCUUUACAGUUUUCUUAUACAAGAGAACCAUUGAUUGAAGAAUAUUCCGUCGCUGCCCAAAUUUACAAACUUUCAAACGUCGACAUGUGUGAACUUGCCAGAAACUCUGUUUUGCAAAGCGGCUGGGAGGCUCAAAUUAAGAGGCAUUGGAUAGGAAAAGAUUUUGAAAAGGAGGGAAUCGAAGGCAAUGACGUCGAAAAGACAAAUGUUCCUGACAUCAGAAUUAACUAUCGUCACGAUACUCUAUUUACGGAACUUGAAUUGGUCGAGCACUAUGCGCGGUUCAAAUCUUUAGAGCAAAGAUUUACAAAUUGA